ACCUGGUGGGGACUUUUGGUUUCCAGCUUUCUGGAAUUAGAGCCUUGAUGCCAUUUAAGGAUUCCCUUUCCUUUUCUACCCCCAUGUGAGGAAUGGGCUAGGGGAGAAAGUGAUGCCUUGUGGUUUCUCUGCACAGGUACUUUGUGCUGGACUUUGAGGCUGGCCUCCUGCAGUAUUUUGUGAAUGAGCAGAGCAAGCACCAGAAGCCUCGAGGAGCCCUGUCUUUAUCUGGAGCCAUUGUGUCCCUGAGCGACGAAGCUCCGCACAUGCUGGUCGUGUACUCUGCCAACGGAGAGAUGUAUAAACUGAGAGCUGCUGAUGCAAAAGAGAAACAGCUUUGGGUGACUCAGCUUCGCGCUUGUGCCAAAUACCACAUGGAAAUGAAUUCCAAGACUACUCCAAGCUCCCGAAGCCGAAGCCUCACUUUGCUCCCCCAUGGAACACCCAAUUCUGCGUCUCCCUGUAGCCAGAGACACCUCGGUGUGGGGGCCCCCGGUGUUGUCACAGUCACGCAUCACAAGUCGCCUGCAGCUGCCCGAAGAGCCAAGAGUCAGUACUCCGGCCAGCUUCACGAAGUCAGAGAGAUGAUGAGCCAGGUGGAAGGACAGCAGAAGAACCUCGUGCACGCCAUCGAGUCUCUGCCGGGUUCUGGCCCCCUCACUGCCUUGGACCAGGAUCUACUGCUCCUGAAAGCUACCUCUGCCGCGACCCUCAGCUGCCUCGGGGAGUGCCUCAACCUGUUACAGCAGAGCGUGCACCAGGCGGGCCAGCCCAGCCACAGGCCGGCGGCCGCAGAAAACAUCCUGGGAUGGCCCGGGCCCAAGUCACAUUCCACAGAGCAGCUGAAAAAUGGGACAUUCGGCUCUUUGCCACCAGCCAGUGCCAACAUAACCUGGGCAAUUUUACCCAACUCCGCUGAAGAAGAGCAAACCUUCCAGCCGGAGCCGGAGCCAAACUCGGGCCCUGAAUUGGUUUUGUCCGAAGAUGAAAAAAGCGACACUGAAGAUAAAGAGGAGGCAGAACUGGGCGUCAUGGAGGAUCAGCGCAGCGUAAUUCUUCAUCUCAUCUCACAGCUCAAACUUGGGAUGGAUCUCACCAAGGUGGUGCUUCCCACAUUUAUUCUGGAGAAGCGGUCCUUGCUGGAGAUGUACGCAGACUUCAUGGCGCACCCGGACCUGCUGCUGGCCGUGACGGCGGCGGCCACGCCCGAGGAGAGAGUCAUUUGCUUUGUGGAGUAUUAUCUCACCGCCUUCCAUGAGGGCCGCAAGGGGGCCUUGGCCAAGAAGCCUUACAACCCCAUCAUUGGCGAGACAUUUCACUGCUCCUGGGAAAUCCCCAAGGACAGGGUCAAGCCAGCGAGGACUGCUCCCCCCUCUCCUCCCAGCCACGACCACCUGAUUGCCGACGAGCCUUCGGAACGCUACAAGCUGAGGUUCGUGGCUGAGCAGGUGUCUCAUCACCCACCCAUCUCCUGCUUCUACUGUGAGUGCAAGGAGAAGAGACUUUGCAUCAACACUCACGUGUGGACCAAAAGCAAGUUCAUGGGCAUGUCCGUGGGGGUCUCCAUGAUAGGAGAAGGUGUGCUGAGGCUCCUGGACCACGGGGAGGAGUAUGUGUUUACCCUGCCUAGUGCCUACGCUCGCUCCAUCCUCACCAUCCCCUGGGUGGAGCUUGGAGGAAAAGUCAACAUCACCUGUGCCAAGACGGGCUACUCGGCCACCGUGAUCUUCCACACGAAGCCUUUCUAUGGCGGGAAAGUCCACAGGGUCACGGCAGAGGUGAAGCACAACCCAACCAACACCAUUGUUUGUAAAGCCCAUGGGGAGUGGAACGGCACCUUAGAGUUCACCUACAACAACGGAGAAACCAAAGUCAUUGACACGACCACGCUGCCAGUGUGCCCUAAGAGGAUCAGGCCCCUGGAGAAGCAGGGGCCCAUGGAGUCCAGGAACCUCUGGCGGGAGGUGACCCGAUACCUGCGGCUGGGGGACAUUGAUGCCGCCACUGAGCAGAAGCGGCGCCUGGAGGAGAAGCAGCGGAUGGAGGAGCGGAAGCGGGAGAACCUCCGCACCCCAUGGCGGCCCAAGUAUUUUAUCCAGGAGGGUGAUGGCUGGGUCUACUACAAUCCCCUUUGGAAGGCACACUGACGGGGUGGAGGUGCAGUCUUCUGAAAGAGCCCUGUUUUUGUAGGAAUUAAAGUGGUACAGUAUCAAGGUUCUGUUGGUAUUUACUGCGACCUAUUGAUGUCAUUCAAGAAAUGGUACCUGAGAGAUUAUAUACUGUGAAAAAGGUACCCCAAACUCUGCUAUAGGAUUGAGUUUAUUCAAGAGCCAUUUGGGGCAUGUGUGUGUACAGCUGUGAGCUCUUGGCACACUUCCUGUUCAGACAAGCAUUAUAUACCCGUCUACUGGGUAUUACACGUGUAAAUACUACACUUAACAAGAUUUAAGUGGGUAAUUAUGGGCUCCUUUUUAUCACUGAGGUUUGACCUUUUCUAUUUUUCACUUUGCCAAAAAUAUUUUGCACUUACAAAGAUAUUCUCACGUAGUCAACUCCUGUUGAAACAAAAGUGAAUUGGCAUGGCCCAACUGGCACCCAUCUGGUAGAAAAGUGGUUCAAUUCCUGUCAUUUCAAAAGUAUUAUGAUUCCCACCAUCUUCCCCACUUCAACAUUUCAUUUGUCCAUACUCCAGAAAGAUAAACAGCUAUAUUCUGCUGAAUGGGGAGUGGGCAGGAAACUAUUAUGGUUUAUGCCAGAGCCUUUCAGGAUGGAGCACCUCUGGGAGAAGCUAGAGCCAGGCCCACCUUGGAAUUUUCCUAUCUACUUGCCCCAGAAACUUUCUGACAAUUUCUCAUGCUCAAAGCACUAGUCAUACAUUUUUUUAGAAGCUGCUGCUUACAGUAGAAAACAAGUCAUAUGGAGACUUCACUACUUUUAUGAUGAAAAAAGGGCUUUAGAAGUUAACACGCAUGCAUAUAUAAACAUGCACAACCACAUCCUCAAUCUUGUGUUCAGUUUGGUGAGAGGGAAAGAAAUUUCCUGUGGAUUUUUUUAGUGUACCUCUAUUAUUUGACCCAAACUCUGCAAGAAAACCACUGUUAUUAAAAUAAAGCCUGCCUAAGUGUUCCAUGGUUUCAGCUGAAUUUCAGUACUCAGCCUUUACAAAUGAGGUCAAGACAUAAAGCAAGGGAAAAAUGACAUCUGAUUUUUGCUCAAUGCUUAGUUUAUUUUUACUGUGUCACUCUGAAGAAAUAUUUAUAAAAUCCAGUAGCAUGAAUGCUUCUCUGCAGUAAUACUAAUUUUGUGCCUUUUGUCUGCUUUCUUAAGACCAAAUGUUCACACUUUGUAGAUAUUAGACAAAUAUAUUUCGAUUAAAUACUAUA